AUGACUGAAGCCUUUCGGACCUGGAGUCUCGGUUCGACGGGAUAUCCUGAUUAUGAGCUUCAAGGAGACCACAAACCACUGGCAGGUUCGCCCGAUCCGAACAAGAGUCGCCGGAAGAAAAGACAGAGCGAAACCCAGGAUCUUGACAGUGCUCCCGAAUUCCACUACGACACCGUCGCAGAUGGAGAUGCUUUCCGUGUUGCUGUCCUCCAACCAGGGUCAGGCUCGAAGCCCGUGUCCUGCAGUCUCAUCUGGCAGGAUUCCAAGAAACCGCAGAAGCCGUAUCGCUGUUUGAGCUAUGCCUGGGAGUCGACCGAACGGACCGAAGCCAUCUUUCUCAAUGGGUUCCAGCGAUUCCCCGUCACUCAGAAUCUGCUGCGCGCUCUGCAAAGCCUGCGCGAUUCGAGAAGUACCACGCUUAUAUGGGUUGACCAGAUCUGCAUCGAUCAGAGCAACGACAAGGAACGAGGCCAUCAAGUCAACAUCAUGAAGCACAUCUUUAACCAGGCGCGCAUGGUUUACGUCUGGCUGGGGGAAGCUGGUAGCGGGACACAGCAGCUGUUUGCGUUUGCGAAGAGGAUUGCGCCAGGUGACGAUAGUCUGAAGAAACCAUUGAAGCAGCUCAUCAGCCAGAAGAAGCUCAAGGAUGCGCUGGAAGAUCUCUUGCAACGACCCUGGUUCCAAAGGGUUUGGGUAAUUCCCGAGGUCGCUCUCUCUCGGUACACUCAAGUGAUGUGCGGCGAAUACAUAAUGACAUGGGACAGUCUUGUCAAACUCAUCAGAUAUGUUCAAAUCCGGCUGCCCACCACACCCGGCUUCGCCAAACAAGAAUCAUUGCUUGGGAAUCGACGACAACGCAUAGCAAUCAUCACCCAGAUGAUUGCCAGCCAGAAGGAAUGUCGCGACCACACGGAUAUUGCCCAGCUACUCAUACUAGCAAAGAGCAGUCGAGCCACUGACGUCCACGACAUGGUCUAUGCCUUCCAGGGCCUGACAUACUUGACGACCUUCCCCGAUUACUCUCGAGGACCAGUCUCGCUGUUUGGCGAUACUGUGCAGAUGUAUGCGAACAGCAUACAGUGGACACCUCCGUACGCAAAAUGCCAUCAGUUGAGCGAAGAGCAAAAAAUCUUUCAGUUGAUGAGCAUCAUCUACAGUGCCGGCGCAUUGCAGCAAGACUUAUCAUUGCCCUCAUUCGUGCCCGACUGGAGCUGUCCGUGGAGACUGGCACCCAUCUGGUGCAAGCCGGAGCCUAACUUCGUCAACGCGAGCAAGGACGAAUGGAGCCUGGGCAUCCGCACCGACUAUCGUGCUGGAGGAGACCAUCAGGGAGAUUUCGAAGUCAUUGAACGACCAAAGGGCCGACAUUUGUUGCGAAUAUCAGCACUCAUCCUCGACGAGAUCUUGCUGGUCACAGAGCACCCAACGCCUGACACCAGCCAGAUUCUAUCAACCUCGCCUGUGUUGGAAGAUCCAGAGACCCCGGACUCAUCAUUGGAAUACGGCAGAAACUACUUCACUUCGGCCAAAGGUUACAACGGCUUAGCUACGGAGGGCGUCGCUCCCGGCGACCAGAUCGCUAUCCUCCCAGGUGGUGAUGUUCCAAUUAUCAUACGACCUAAUCCAGAAAACGAUCGAACGUACAGAGCAUACAGACUGCUAUGCGAAUGCUAUGUUCAGUCGUCGACCAUCAUGUAUGGUGACUACCUGAGAAGCAAUUGGACGCUUUGUGAGGACAUCAUCUUCAUCUGA